UAUCUGGUCAGGGUCAUAUUUGGGCCCACUUCACUGUUAUUGUUAGCCAGGUAUGCUCAAUCACUGGGAAGAGAAACAUAUUAGACAUCCACAAGGUGUCUCUGUUUCACCUUUAAAAAUACUGCGCAUGUUUCAGACUGCAUCCUGAUGCUUGGCGCAGACAAUGGAGACUGGAGACUAUGAGGUCCUGACAAACCAUCGGAAUACAUGCUUCAUUUAAUUUACUGUAGUUCUAAAUGUGGUGUACUGUCCACCAAACAGCAAAAAACCGGUGUUAUCUGUAGGAUAAUCGGUAGAACGCUAACAAUGGGGUUGUGUUGUACUUGUUUAAACAUGUUAUCCAAAUGAUUAUUUGUGAUCAUAAUGCUAGUUUAAAUAUAUUAUGGUAGCACUAAUAACCUACCAACUUUUUGUAAAAACGUGACCGCGCAUAGUCAUGAUGUGGCGCACUGAUGUGACUGGCGAGAAGGCGGGGAUGAUAAAGAUGUUAUUAUCAGACUAAAAAUGAAUACUGGCCACUGAAAUCUGGGUUAGUAAAUCACACCAGUUGUAGGCUACGUUAUCGUAACAUCUGGCUCUAUUUCUUCUUUCUCCCGUCUCAAAUUGUACACGCGUUCCGUCUGGCGGAGGUAGACACACGCGGGUGCAUCAAUGCCUUCAAGGCGGCACAGCGGGCGGAGGAGGCGGUGCUAAGUCUCGCGCACAGUUUUGCUGAUUGCUUCUCCGGCAGAUCUGUGCCGUUACUAUCCCGACGGGUUACGCUCGUCUCCUGGAAAAAAAGUAGAGUAUCAGAGCUCACCAAAGCUUCCUGUAUACGCCAGUUAUUUUUUUCUUUCGAAAUGAUGAUCAGUUAUUUGUAAUGUGUGCCACUUAAGGCGUUAUCCAUUUGAACGGAUAACUGCAUUGGGACCAUACGCGUUUAAAGAGGAUUUUUACAGGUCGUUACUGGAGGAAUUUUGAACUGUCUCUUGUGAAGAACUGACAUCAGGAUGUAAAUUAGGCUGAUUUGGUUAGAAUUGUCACAUUAAGCCUUUCUCACACGAAGAGCGGCGCCGGUGAAUACUGUGAAAGGCUGUGGAGACCAGUGCUGCGAGAAUAGCGGGAUCAUCAAUGGAAUAAUUUGACUUUUAUUGAGAAAUGCAAGGCAUUCCUUGUCCGUGUCAGGCAAGGUUACCAGGCUACUAUUUACCAAGCCUUGCUGGACCAAGGGACAUUUCCAGGUUUUCUUUUAACGGUAUCUCUGACUAAAUCUGGACAACAAAUGCAUGGACUGUCUAUCUGCAAAAUGAGUGUCUGUUUAAUUAAAUCAACCACAUGAGUAGCCUCUAAAUUGAGGUCGCGUCCAGGACUGGGAAGAGGACCAUUUCACUAACCCCAUCUAGCUAAUAAAAGCUAGAUUAAUUUGUAGCCAAUCUUAAUAUUCUGUUAUUGAGACACGACGACAAAAUGGAUAACGAGGUCUUUGCUCCGUUGCUGGAGCAAUUCAUGCUCACUCCUUUGGUCGCCUGGGCGAAGACAGUCGGCCAAUUAUCUACCAAGGAUGGAAGAAAACUGUCGGAAUACGUUGAAUUAGUGGACGGAGUAUAUCUAAACGAUAUCAUGCUUGAGAUAAAUCCUAAAGCCACUGUUCAGAGGACUAACAAGAAAGUGAACAAUGACUCCACGUUGCGAAUCCAAAAUCUCUCCAUCUUGAUUCGUCAGAUUAAGACAUACUAUCAGGAAACUCUUCAGCAGCUGGUCAUGAUGCCCCUGCCCAACGUGCUGGUGCUGGGCAGAAACCCUCUCAGUGAGCAAGGUUUAGAGGAAAUGAAGAAGAUGCUGUUGCUGUUGCUGGGCUGUGCGGUCCAGUGUGAGAAAAAAGAAGAGUACAUUGAGAGGAUCCAGACGCUGGACUUUGACACAAAAGCGGCCAUUGCGUCACACAUACAAGAGGUGACCCACAACCAGGAGAAUGUUCUAGACCUGCAGUGGCUGGAAGGAGGCGAGGCUCCCCCCGAGGACCUGGACUCCUUUUCCAGAAGUGUGGCGUUCCACCUCAAGCGCCUGGUGGACGAGAGAGACGACCAGCUGGAGACCAUCGUGGAGCUGACUCAGGAGAGAGACUGUGGGCAGUACACGCCCCCGGCCCUGUACGCCCAGUCCCCCUGCGACUCCCCCAGCAUGCGCCGCACCGAGAGCCGACAGCACCUCUCCGUGGAGCUGGCCGACGCCAAGGCCAAGAUCCGACGCAUCAGACAGGAGCUUGAGGAGAAGAGCGAGCAGUUGUUAGACUGCAGACAGGAACUAGAGAACAUGGAGUCUGAGCUAAAGAGGAUUCAGCAGGAGAGCCUGCAGCUGCUUUCUGAUGCGCGCUCGGCCAGGGCCUACAGGGACGAGCUGGACUCUCUGAGAGAGAAGGCCAUUAAAGUGGACAAGCUGGAGAGUGAAGUCAGCCGCUACAAGGAGAGGCUGCAUGACAUUGAGUUCUACAGAGCCAGGGUUGAGGAGCUGAAGGAGGACAAUCAGGUGCUGCUGGAAACCAAAAGCAUGCUGGAGGACCAGCUGGAGGGGAACCGAGCGCGUUCAGACAAGCUGCACGAGCUGGAGAAGGAGAACCUGCAGCUCAAGGCCAAGAUCCACGACAUGGACAUGGAAAGGGACAUGGAACGUAAACGUAUCGAGGAGCUCAUGGAGGAGAACCUGACGCUGGAGAUGGCACAGAAGCAGAGCAUGGACGAGUCCCUGCACCUAGGCUGGGAGCUGGAGCAGCUCUCCAAAACGCCCGACCUCACUGAGGUGCCUCAGAAGUCUCUGGGCCACGAGGUGAAUGAGCUGACGUCGAGCCGGCUGCUGAAGCUGGAGAAGGAGAACCAGGCGCUGCUGAAGACGGUCGAGGCGCUGAAGGGAGACAAACCCAGUGAACGCCUCCUCAAGGCAGACCGCGAGGUCCACAGGCUCACCCAGAGGCUGGAGCAGCUGGAGGGUGAGCUGAACGCAGACGGAGAGAGCCUGCGGAGUGCUGAGACCCUGAGCGCAGACCUGAUGAAGGAGAAGGCGCAGCUGGAAAAGACCCUGGAGACUCUGAGAGAGAACUCGGAGAGACAGCUGAAGGGUAUGGAGCAAGAGAACGAACAUCUGAACCAGACCGUUUCCUCUCUGCGCCAGCGGUCGCAGGUGGGCGCUGAGGCGCGCGUGAAGGACGUGGAGAAGGAGAAUCGCGUGCUGCACGAGUCCAUCAAGGAGACCAGCGGCAAGCUAAACAAGCUGGAGUUUGAGCGCAAGCAGCUGCGCAAGGACCUGGAGCACUACAAGGAGAAGGGCGAGCACUCCGAGGAGAUGGAGCUGGCGGUCCAGCGGUUGGAGCGUGAGAACGAGAGCCUGCAGAAGCGCGUGGCCAGUCUGGGCAUCACCUGUGAGAAGGUGGAGGCCCUGGAGAAGGAAAACAUCGAGCUGGAGUCGGAGAGCCGCAAGCUGAAGAAGAAGGUGGAUGCACUGCGCAGCACCGCCUUCCAGCUGGAGGCCCUGGAGAAGGAGAACGCGCAGCUGGACGAGGAGAACCUGGAGCUGCGGCGCGCGGCGGAGAACCUGCGUUCCGCCGGGGCCAAGGUGACGCAGCUGGAGAUGGAGAUCCGCGAGCUGGAGAACGAGCGGAGCCAGCUGAAGCGAAGCCUGGAUCUGCUGAAGGCCUCGUCCAAGAAGAGCGAGAGGCUGGAAGUGAGCUACCAGGGCCUGGACACGGAGAACCAGCGGCUCCAGAAGGCCUUGGAGAACAGCAGCCGCAAGAUCCAGCAGCUAGAGGGAGAGUUGCAGGACGUGGAGACGGAGAACCAGAGCAUCCAGCGCAGCCUGGAGGAGCUGAAGAUCUCCAGCAAGCGCCUGGAGCAGCUGGAACAGGAGAACAAGGUCCUGGAGCAGGAGAGCUCGCAGUUUGAGAAGGACAAGAAACAGUUGGAGAAGGAGAACAAACGGCUGAGACAGCAGGCCGAGAUCAGGGACUCAAAGCUGGACGAUGACAACCUGCGGAUCGGCCAUCUCGAGAAGGAGAAUCGCGUCCUCAACAAGGAGGUGACCACACUCAAAGACUCAUGCAACAGGGUCAAAGACCUGGAAAAGGAUAAUAAGGACCUAGUCAAACAGGCUACCAUCGAUAAGAAGACACUGGUUACGUUGCGAGAGGAACUGGUGAGUGAAAAACUUAAGACGCAGCAGAUGAACAACGACCUGGAGAAGCUGACUCACGAACUGGAGAAAAUCGGCAUCAACAAGGAGCGCCUGCUGCACGAUGAGCAGAGCUCUGACGACCGGUACAAACUGCUGGAGUCCAAACUAGAAUCCACCCUCAAGUCCUCGUUGGAGAUUAAAGAGGAGAAGAUCGCCGCCCUGGAGGCAAGGCUGCAGGAGUCCUCCAACCUCAAUCAGCAGCUACGGCAGGAGCUCAAAACAGUGAAGAAGAACUAUGAGGCCCUGCGUCAGCGGGAGGAGGAGGAGCACAUGGUGCAGAGCUCGCCCUCUAGAGGGGGGGAGGACUCUCAGGUGGUCCACAAGUGGGAGAAGGAGAGCCAGGAGGCCACGCGGGAGCUGCUCAAGGUCAAAGAUCGCCUCAUCGAGGUGGAGAGGAAUAACGCCACUUUGCAGGCGGAGAAGCAGGCCCUGCGCUCCCAGCUGAAGCAGCUGGAGACCCAGAGCAGCAACCUCCAGGCCCAGAUCCUGGCACUGCAGAGGCAGACGGCUUCCCUGCAGGAGAACAACACCACCCUGCAGACCCAGAACGCCAAAGUACAGGUGGAGAACUCGACGCUGAACUCGCAGAGCGCAACGCUGAUGGCCCAGGCGGCCCAGUUACAGAGCCAGCAGUCGAGCACAGAGAGCGAGCGCGACGGGGCGCAGAGGGAUCGCGAGGAGCUGCGCGGCACCUACGAGCAGCUACUGCGCGACCACGAGAAGCUGGCCGCGCUGCACGAGCGGCAGGCCAGCGAGUACGAGGCCCUCAUCGGCAAGCACGGAGGACUCAAGGGCGCCCACAAGAGCCUGGAGGUCCAGCACCGCGACCUGGAGGAUAGGUAUAAUCAGUUGCUGAAGCAGAAAGAUCAGCUGGAGGAGCUGGAGAAGGCACUGAAGGUGCAACAGGAGAAGAUGCUGACGGAGAACAAGAACCACGAGGCCACUGCUGCUGAUUACUGCAAGCUGAAGGACGAGAAUGACAGGCUGAACCAGACGUACCAGACGCUGGUGAAGGAGAACGAGGGGCUGCAGUCAGACCACAAGAACCUGAAGAGCCAGAUGAACUCCGCCAAGCUGGAGCAGACGCGCCUGGAGGCCGAGUUCUCCAAGCUGAAGGAGCAGUUCCAGCAGCUGGACAUCACCUCCACCAAACUCACCAACCAGUGUGAGCUACUGAGCCAGCUAAAGGGGAACCUGGAGGAGGAGAACCGCCAUUUGCUAGACCAGAUCCAGACCCUGAUGCUGCAGAACCGGACGCUGCUGGAACAGACCAUGGAGAGCAAGGACCUGUUCCACGUGGAGCAAAGACAAUACAUUGACAAACUCAACGAGCUAAGGAGACAGAAGGAGAAAUUGGAAGAGAAAAUAAUGGACCAAUACAAGUUCUAUGACCCCUCACCCCCACGCAGGCGGGGCAACUGGAUCACCCUGAAGAUGAAGAAGCUGAUCAAGCCCAAGAGCCGCGAGCGCAUGCGUUCCCUGACGCUGACGCCCACGCGCUCCGACUCCAGCGAGGGCUUCCUGUCCGUGCCGCUGGACAGCCAGGACAGCUCGUCCGUGGGCUCCGGCUCCAACUCGCUGGACGACACGCUCGUGAACAAGAGGAGCAACAGGAAGAGAAUGCAGCACACCCAAUCGCAGGGUUCGUCCACCGUGACAGCCCUGAAGCGGUUGCCCUUUAUGAGGAACAGGCCCAAGGAGAAAGACAAAGUGAAGGCCAUCUACCGCCGGUCCAUGUCCAUGAACGACCUGCUCCAGACCAUGGGGCAGGCCGGAGGCCAGUGGGCCGUCAGCACCGACAACCUGGACGGGCCUGAGGAGGCAUCCCCGGGAGGCCAGCGCAUGAAAGAGCUGGGAUCCAUGGCCUACUCCACCACCGCCAUCAACUACGCCACCCUGAGCCUGCCCGCGGGCCCCAGGACCAAACAGAAGCUUAAGAACAAAGACAACGCUUCCUAUGAGGACGUCACUCCUACAGACGACCAUAGCGGGACACGAGGACAAGGCCUGCAGCUCAUUAGCAGAGCCAAGACGCUCUGUCCCUCCUCCCUCUCCUCAUCCACCAUGUGCAGAGUCUCCUGUAACAUCUGUAGUACCUCCAGACCCUCCUGUCUCCAUAGUAGCAAGACCACCAGCACUAGCACUAGCUAUAAUAACUGCUGCUCGUCACUCACUGGCAAAGUGGGCUCGGUGAACGGCAACCUCAGCAGGCCCCACAGUGAGAGCAGCGGUGAGUUCAGCCUGAGCCUGGACACGGAGAUGGGCUCCAGCGGCAGCAGCCCCAUCCAGCAGCCCGCCUCCCAGAGGUCCUCCACCCAGAGCCCCCUGCAGCUCUGCAAGGCCCAGGACGCCGCGGCUGGUCCGGCCAGGAGGAAGGGUGGCUCUCCAGGCAGCGAGGUAGUCUCUCUGCAGCAGUUCCUGGAAGAGAGUAUAGACCCAGUGGAGUCGGGCAGCCAGGAGAACUUGACCGUGGAUUCCCCGCGCCUGUCAGGCGGCACUGAGCAUGUGCAGAAGGAACGUGUGAAAGGGCGGGGCAUCCUGCGUUCCUCCAGUGGCCGGGCCACGAGCAGCGGAGACUUCAGCACAGGCCAAUCCCGCACCGGUACGGCAGGCCGGCCCAGCCUGCGGAAGGCGGAGAGCACGCGGGUGAAGGGCUCUGUGGCGCCCAGGUCCAGCCUCUCGACCCAGGGCAAGGCCAUGUCCGUGUGCGAGCGGCUGGACUCGACGGCGUCCUCCUCCGCCGGCCUGCCGCGUGCCAGCAGCGUCAUCUCCACGGCCGAGGGCACCACGCGACGGACCAGCAUCCACGACCUGUUGUCCAAGGACAGCCGGCAGCCUGUCUCCGUCGACCCCUCGCCCAAGGUGUUCGCCAAGGCCCGCCCGGCCCCCGCCGGCGAGUCCAGUGAGUACCCCCUGCCGACCCCGCGCCCACACUCUCACGCGCCACCACAGUUCACCACCCCCGCUGCACUGCUGCCCAAGUCCGCCAGCAUGCCCUGCACUGGCCGCACCCCUGUCCCCGGCCUAGACGAGCUCGAGCUCUCAAGUCUGGAGUCGUUCCUGGGGCCUUCGUUCGUAGAUUCCGUUUUCAUGGACUCCAUCUUUAGCGAGCCAGUGUUCACGGGCGGCGGUAAGAACCAGGCCAUUCUCUCCCUUAACACCUCCCUGGUCAGUAACAUCAGCGGGCCCCCCCUCAAAGCCAACCCCAAAGUCUGCCAAGGCCAGAGCAAGCCAAACGGGGAGCUGAACUCCAACUCAGCCAAUCAUAAGCAAGAGGGGGAGGGCAAUGGUACUAAUCAUGUGAUUGGCACUGACCAAUCAUCUUCAGUGAGCUCAGAUGACAGCCAAUCACUGUGGUUAGAGUAUGGCUGUGUGUAAAUGUGGGUCUGCCGCGUGACAGUGUGUCCUGCUUCUUCAGUUUUGGUGCAACCUCUGCAUGAUUGCUUUAACCCAAUCAUGUUAUUUUUUUUUUGCUGUUGUCUUCCACUUUGUCUGGCUUACUUCAAGUUCACUACACUUUGCUUUCCCUUUGGUUUGGUGUUUCCUGAAUUCAGUGGGUGUCCCCCUCGACGAGCCUCUUAACUGUUUAAUCAGUCCCUCUGUCUGGUCUGCUCAUAUGGAGACUGUUCCCUGUUUGCAUGAGUGCCGUUGUAACACCCCUUUGGUCCUGAGUGAUUUCAAACCCCUUGUUGUUCAUUUGUUCUGUCCUUCACAUUUUGUUUUUCCUCUCCACAGUGUGUUUUGGUAUGAAAUAUAAGCUUUUUCACAAAUAACACUAGCCUCAUGAGCACCACCGAAACGGAGCAGAGAAAUUAAUAUUCUAAGUUCCCCGUAAUGUCACCCCUCUUGAAGCUCAUGUUGCCAAACUUAGCAGGACGUGUGCUACUUUGACAUUUAAAUAAAGCAAUUAGGCUUGUAGAACAAGUCCCUUGAUGGUAUGCCCUAUGAAAGGCCAUUUAAGAGCGUAUUGAACAAGCUAAAUAGCUUGUGAGCUAUAGUUCUAUUCUGUGUAGUAUGACUUAGCCUUUCAGAAAAGUAAUUAUUGUUUGAGAAAUACUUUUCCCAAAGCCUUUUAUUCAGCUUGUUUGUGUUUUGUGUCAUUGUUUUUGGGUAUGUGGGAUGUGUAUCUUUUUUCUUUUCUUUUUUUUCCAUCUGUCCCAUGAUUAACAUUGUACACAUUAUACAGGGCUAUUGCAUAGCCUUUUCACUGCACUGCAUGGCUUCAGAAGGUCAUUGUUCUUGUCCUUCCAUUUUGAUCAACUAAAAUCAAAAUGAAUCA